ACUACUGCAUCUCCAACAACCACAACACCGACUCCAACAACCACAACAGCAACAACCACAACAGCCGCACCAACAUCCACAACAGCCGAGGCAACGACCACGACUGCAGCUCCAACAACAACAACACCGACUCCAACAACCACAACAGCAACAACCACAACAGCCGCACCAACAACCACGACUGCAGCUCCAAUAACAACAACACCGACUCCAACAACCACAACAGCAACAGCAACAACCACGACUGCAGCUCCAACAACCACAACAGCCGCACCAACAUCCACUACUGCAUCUCCCACAACCACAACAGCGGCACCAACAACCACAACAGCAUCACAAACAACCACAACAGCAUCACCAACAACCACAACAGCCGAGGCAACAACCACGACUGCAUCUCCAACAACCACAACACCGACUCCAACAACCACAACAGCAACAACCACAACAGCAACAACCACGACUGCAUCUCCAACAACCACAACACCGACUCCAACAACCACAACAGCAACAACC